GUUCGUCUCGCGGGAACUGUGAACGACAACUAUUCACGCGGCAAGAAGCUGUCGGACGCAGACGUGCUCACCAUUGUGAAGAGCAAGGUGGGGGUGGGCAAGCCGUUGGCGCUGGACCCGCACGGCAUCUCCGUGGUGCUGCCCAGCGCUGACGUCACGCUGCCAGGCUUCUGCUCGCAGUUCUGCGGCUGGCACACACAGGCCUCCCUCAACUCCACGCCUCUGCGCUUCGCCUUUGUGGGCCACCAUGGGCAGUGCCCCAGCGAUUGCGGGGUAAAGAGCACGUCAACCAACGGCAAGCCUGCCAUCGACGCCACCAUCACCACGCUCGCGCAUGAGCUCACCGAAGCUGCCACCGACCCCGACCCGUAUUCCGGGUGGUCUGACGACGAGGAAGAGGAGAACGCGGACAAGUGCCCGUGGGACUUUGGCAGCACCAAGACUGGAUCACUGCAGAAUGGGCAGAGGUACGAGUACAACGUGGUGGGGCUGAAUGGCAUGAGGUUCCUCGUGCAGCUCAACUGGGACCGCGUCAAGAGCAAGUGCGUCCUGCAAAACGCCCUGCCCGCUGACAGUGGCAGCGGCGGGGGCACGCCAUCCCCUCCCCCCCCACCUCCCUCGGCUGGAGGCAGUGUGAAGAUGAAGUGCGACUGCAACUGUGCGAGUGCCAGCAACUCCAUGAGCUGCCAGUGCUCCUGCACCAAGAUAAGAGCAUGCUCCUCUAUCUAG